AUGACUCUACCUGUCCACACCUCACACAGCAAGACACAACGAGCACUGACAGGUAAGUACCCAGACCCACCCCAGUACCCAGACCCACCCCAGUACCCAGACCUACCCCAGUACCCAGACCCACCUCAGUACCCAGACCCACCCCAGUACCCAGACCCACCCCAGUACCCAGACCCACCCCAGUACCCAGACCCACCCCAGUACCCAGACCCACCCCAGUACCCAGACCUACCCCAGUCCAGACCCACCCCAGUACCCAGACCCUCCCCAGUACCCAGACCCACCCCAGUACUAGACCCACCCCAGUACCCAGACCCACCCAGCACCAGACCACCCCAGUACCCAGACCUACCCCAGUACACUCCAGACCUACCCCAGUACCCAGACCCACCCCAGUACCCAGACUCCACCCCAGUACCCAGACCCACCCCAGUACCCAGACCACCCCAGUACCCAGACCCACCCCAGUACUCAGACCCACCCCAGUACCCAGACCUACCCCUGGUACCCAGACCCACCCCAGUACCCAGACCCACCCCAGUACCCAGACCUACCCCAGUACCCAGACCCACCCCAGUACCCAGACCCACCCCAGUACCCAGACCCACCCCAGUACCCAGACCCACCCCAGUACCCAGACCUACCCUACCCAGACCUACCCAGUACCCAGACCCACCCCAGUACCAGACCUACCCCAGUACCCAGACAGUACCCAGACAGCCCCCAGUGUGUUGUUGA